AUGGUCGGUGGUGGAGUGAUGUUUCCUAAAACCACUCUGGAAGAUCCAAGACCAGAACAUGAUUCAUCCAGGAUUCGAUUGAUCAACUCACUAAUUCAGGAUGAGCUUCCGACGGAAAUUCCAGCCAAUGAAGGACGUGUUGAGAUUCUGGUAGAUGGCGUCUGGGGAACCGUAUGUGAUGACAACUUUGACAACAAUGACGCCAAGGUCGUAUGUCGAAUGAUGGGAUUUGAUCCUCAUGGCAAUAUCGAGAUAAAACCCUCAGCAGGAUACGGUCAAGGCACAGGCCCCAUUCACUAUGGAAACUUGGCGUGCACUGGAGGGGAAUUCAACAUUUUUAACUGUGUACAUCCAAGUUUCGGUUGCAGUCACGGAGAAGACGUGGGUGUCAAAUGUCUAGGGGACCGCUUACCCAAUCCUGAAGAUAUCUUGAAUGACGUACAAAUCAGCAACCUUUUCAUUAACGACACAACUGAUGGCAUCACCAUUGACGGUAACGUAACGAGAUUUGAUAAUGUUACAUCAUCACAUUCCUCAAACCAUGGCGUUGUUUUUUCUGGGAACAUAAACGACAGGCCAGUUUACAAUUUUUCAGGUGUCCGUUGUAUGCAUAAUGGUAAAUCUGGAAUUGGUUUCUUGUCUUCCAGUCACGACAGAACCGUGGACAUAGCUCUGUACAUGUGCAAUCUCAGUGACAAUAGAAUGUAUGGACUGCACGUGACUAUGCCACAUAAUAUCACAUUAUCAAGAUGUUUAGUAGGAAGAAACGAUGCUGGUGGUGUCUAUAUAGAUUCAAGAUUCCAGAUCCAUUUCACAGUUUUAUCGUCCAACUUUACACAAAACAUGGCAUUUGGCGUGUCAGUUAUUGAUAGGAAUUAUGGCCAGAAUUCGGCAAAUAUCACAAUCAGUAAUUGCGUGUUCACUAAGCAUAAGUGGUCCUACUGGUGGUCGAGAUUAUCUUACAAAGUAAUUGAUAUCAACCUAAGGCGUAACCGGCCAUCACGUGUUAGCUUACAAAGCAGUAAUUUUACUAAAAAUGAUAUAAGUGUGGUUAAAAUAAUAGUUUCCAGUGAUAAUGAAAGAAGCUAUAUUGUUGUGAGUGAAAACACAGUUGACCAGUCUCAAGGAAUUGUGUUUGACAUUACUGGUAAUAGAAUGGCUGGAAGAGUUAUUGUCACAAAUAACACGGUUGUCAACAACGCAUUGCCGUCUUCCUAUCCUCUUGUUGUUUUUCAAAAUGCAAGAAACCUAAACAUAUCGGGUAACGUUUUUACAAACAAUACUGCUCAAACACUUCUGAAAAUUAGUGGAGACUCCAGCAAUUCCCCUAAUGUGUCUAUUGCAAGAAAUGUGUUCAGUGACAACACUGUUAAUGAUGUCCUUUUAUCUUCCUUCUACGGUAUUGUUGUACAAAACAACUCCUUCAACAACCCGAAUGCCAAAUGUGAACUGAACACCCCUGUGUUCCACCGUCUGUUAUCUGUCAAUGCACGGUAUAACUACUGGGGUCAUGGCAGACUGGAACAAAUUGUGGAUCGAAUCUGUGGAUUUGACAGCAACAUGGAUAAGUGUAUUGUUGACUACCUCCCCUUUUAUGAGUCUAUGCUACAACAGAGCCUGUCAUUCUCUGGCUUUCAAGAUCCCGUGUACGCUGGUGCCAGUGGAGGAGCAGUUCCUUCCAAGUCGACAAUGCAAGCAGAAAAGUCCCCGUUUGUGAUCAAACGCUCACUUUAUAUUGGCAUAGAUAAGCAACUAAUGAUAGAGAAAGGGACAGAACUGAUCUUUGAGAGAAACCGAGGAAUAUACGUUGAAGGUCAGCUCUUUGCUAAAGGGAGUACAGAAAAGAAAAUCAGAUUUAUAGCAGCAGUAAAUGAAACCUGGAAAGGUGUAGUCUUCCCAUUCAAGCCUAGUGCCACAUCCAAGAACAUUCAACUUGUCGGUGGGAACAGCUCCAAUGAGGGAAGAGUGGAGAUUUUUCACAACUUCACAUGGUAUACAGUCUGUGACGACAGGUUUAAUGCUGAUGAAGUGCGAGUAAUCUGCAACGAUUUAGGAUACAGUUCCAGAGUUGUAGAAGUGCUCGGCAAUGCACGAUUUGGAGCGGGCAGUGGACCUAUUUUGUAUGACGUUGGCUGCUCAUCACGUGAUAUAAUGCUAACAGAAUGUACAUUAUCUGGAUGGAGCACAGGUCAAUGUAAUCAUGGGGAAGAUGUUGGAGUACGGUGUGGGAAAGUUCUUUUGCAGGAUACCCUACGCAAAUCGUUAUUGGAAAAUGUAAUAGUGUCUGGAUCACGGAGAGGACUUGUAGUGAACACAAACACACUAAAUAUUUCUAACUGUUACAUCAACAACACAUUGGAAUCUGGAAUCACUCUCCAGACAAAAGUACGGACAUUUGACCUUAACGGUACAGUUGUCACAUCGAGUCAGUUACAUGGAAUAACUGCCACGUUCAACAAAUAUUUAUACGUAAAGAAUGGCACUGUUUCAAACAAUACAAAACAUGGAAUUUUUAUUUCUGGGGACAACGGAGAAGUGUACCUUACAGAGAUGACUGUCGAUGGAAAUAUGGAAUAUGGCAUUGGAGUUGAAAUAAAUGGCAGAGAACAGAAAAUGAUAACAAUCGCCAAGUCUGAAUUCAUCAAUCACCAAAAUACUGCUUUACACACGAAAACCACAUACUCUUAUAGUAAUACACAUAUUUUGAUUAAAGAUAAUAAGUAUACAAACAACACAGGACAAAGUAUUACCAUCAACUUUGAUAACAGUUAUGAUUCUUCUAGACCUCAAAAUAUUUCAAUACUUUCCAACAGCUUCAUUCAGUCUGGAGCAGUGAACAUCAAAACUCGAUACAGUGCUUCUGUAGCGGUAAAGGAUAACUCUGUUAUGGACUGUAAUUGUGGCAAUGAUUGUUUCUUUACACUUGAUGUAUAUUCUGGAAGUUCUGUGAACACACCACACAACAUUACAAUCUCCACAAAUGCAUUCUCGCGUGUUACAGGAAAAUGCGUUGUUUUGUUAAAAACAGACACAAAGAAAUUCCCUGGAUCAUUUCAGUACAACCAGAUCACUGCCUCUAACGUGGACGAAUCAACCAUACUAGUUAACAGCCCAUACAUUAAUAUGACGUACAAUAUUCUGGAUAACCCAUCGGCUGACUAUGAAGUUAAAGUCCUUGAAGAAGGAACUGGAGUAAUAAGAGCACCAAACAACUGGUGGGGAACAAAGGACAUUGAGAGAGUGAAAACUCGCAUAUUAGACCAUCGACAAGACCCACGACUGUUCACCGUUCAAUAUACACCAAUCCUCACUGAUCAGACGUUUGACUGUUCACAAGUGAAUAACUGUAGUGGCCAGGGUGAGUGUGUCCGACCGAAUGGCUGCAGAUGUCAGUCUGGCUGGGCAGGUCGAGAUUGUACUCUCUACGACUGUUCUGAUUUUGGUAAUUGUCAAGGCAAUGGACAGUGCAUUGGACCAAAUCUGUGUGAGUGUUCCAGUGGAUGGACAGGCACGUCGUGUGUAACUGCUACGUGCUACGGCGUCUCCAACUGCAGUGGCCCUAACAGGGGACUCUGUAUUCUCCCUAACAAGUGUUUCUGCUUGUCUCAGUUCCAUGGACUCGAUUGUUCUGAAUGUGCUGAAUACCAUUGGGGUCCAGACUGCUACCCAUGUCCAACGUGUAAACAUGGAAUAUGUGAUGUCAAUACAGGAGUUUGUCGGUGUGAAUCCAAAAACUGGGCAGGAAAGCUGUGUGAUGAGUGUAAUGAAGCAUUCUAUGGUCCUGCUUGUCUGCCAUUCACAAACAUUCUGAAUAUUAUCCCAGACAGUGUGAGAGAUACAGGUGGUUCACUGAUACAUGUCUGGGGUCACAACUUCCCUGAGACAGAUGGACAUAUCUUUUAUUGCAAAUUUGGUACUGAAGUCGUUAAUGGAAGCUGGAUAUCCCAUGAGCAUCUGACCUGUAAGAGUCCUCAACACAAAGAAGGCCAGGUCUUCUUGGAAGUGUCACCUGAUGGAAAGGAUUUUACCAGAAAUCAGACUUCUUUUAGUUUCUAUGCUGUUUGUCCUCCGGGAUCGUGUAAUCGUAAUACCACACCUCCACAAGGUCAGUGUUUAUUUGGAGGAUGUCUGUGCAACUUGCCGUGGAGCGGCCGUGAAUGUGCAGUGAAGUUGCUGGCUCCUGUUGUACUACCUGUUGCUAACCAGCAGAUGUUGGAAGGUGAAGAGUACAAUCUACAGUUGAAACUUAAACAGGGCAGUCCACCUAUACGAUGGUCUCUGACGUCCCAUCCAGUUGGUAUGUCUAUAGAUGCAAGCUCAGGUUUAGUCCAGUGGGAGAGAGCUGUUGCCACAGAAGACAGUCAUACUAUAAAGGUUGUUGCUAGUAACAGGAUUGGCAGUUCUGUGGUAACGUGGCAAGUGAUGGUUCCUCUGUCAUACAAUGCGACCAUUGAUGAAAUACUACCGGAUCACAGUCUACCAUUUCCAAAGACAGUCACAAUCAAAGGUCAUGUGACAUUCCUGCAGUCGACCUCACUUCUGGCCCUAGUUGAUGUCAAAAUUCAGAAUAAAGGGAAAAUAACUACAAUAUCGGCAUACACGUCCCAGCGUGGUCAGCACCUAUUUGAGGCAACAUACUUUCCAAAGCCUGAUGACAGUGGUCGUUUCAUUGUGGAUGCCCGUCACCCAUCAGAUGGAGGGUUUUCACAACAAGCUACUUGGACAGUGAAAGGCAUGACUUGCAGUCCAGGCUAUGUCUUCAAGCAGGCCUAUUUGGAUACAGACACUGUAUAUUUUACUUCAGUAGCAAAACUCACCAAUACAGGAGUGGACACCUUGGAAAACAUCACUGCAAAGGUGGUAGGUGUCUCAGGACCUCUGACAUAUUUUGUUGUCAGGAUUGGAUCACUUAUCACAGGUGAUGCUUCAACUGUUCUUAUAAAUCAGUUGCAACCAGGAGGUGAUGUUACAUUUGACAUUAUUCUUAAAGCCUCUAGACCUCUCCGGGGAACAAUUGGUAUUGAAUUCACCACUCCUACUGGAACAGUUGCACGGAUGCGUGUAAAGAUCCAGCUAAACAUCAGGAGGCCAGUCUUUGAAUUAAGCCCAGAAUCACUGAAAGACAGCAUACCACGGAGACAUCAGAAAACGUUUGAAGUAAAUGUGACUAAUUUAGGUGAGGUAUCUGCAACAAAUGUUAAGGCAUUACUUCCCUCUGGUAGUCUGGUCAGCUUGGUCUCAUUUGGGAGAUCUACAGGAUCCACAACAACAAAGGGUGGACUCAGCCUGAAACCAGGAGAAUCUGCACUUCUGGUGAUUACUGCAACAGCCGACUCUACCAUGGAGAUCGGAGAAACCAGUGGAACUAUUGCAAUUAAUUCGGACUUGGCAACAGCUUCUCUGAGAUAUCAUUUUUACAUAACAUCUCUCAACACACUGGACUUGAGGAUCCGAGUUGAAGAUGAGUACACGUAUUUUGCAUCUGACAAACCGCUAGUAUCUGGAGCGGAAAUAACCCUUCUCAAUCCUCGAAGGGGAAUCAAAAUGGUGUUGCAUACAACAAAUCAAACAGGUGAGGUUGUGUUUACUAACAUCACGGAAGACCAGUAUACACUGAGGGCGAAGGCACCUGGUCAUGCAUCAUACUCGGCCGUCAUUCUCGCCAAGAUGUCUCAGACUAAGAUGACCAUCUUCCUUCAGCGUAUAGCAGUCAAGUACACGUGGACAGUCACACCUACCACUUUUGAAGACAAAUACAUUAUAACUUUGGAUUCAACAUUUGAGACACAGGUACCAAUGCCAGUUGUUACAAUAGAACCAGUGGAGGUGAAUCUAAUUCCGUACGAGGAGGGCAAGAAAACUGUGAUGGAGUUUCUGUUGAGCAAUCAUGGUUUAAUACGUGCUGAUAAUGUCCGCUUCCAACUUCCAGUCUCCCAUCCAUCGCUGAAAUUCAUACAGACAAUUGAAACAAUUGGCAGCCUAGAAGCCAAUACCAGCCUAGUUGUGCCUAUUCGGGUGGAAGUGAAAACCCGUGCUAAACGCAGUGCAGCAGGGUCUGUGUGUGGACUUAAAAUGCUCUAUGACUACUUCUGUGGCGGGACAAAGACUCAGGGCUCAGAUGUCACAUUACACAGACAAUACCCUGGAAGACCCCCUUUGCCCUGUGGAGGAGGUGGUCGUGGUGGUGGUCGUGGCGUGGUCGUGGUGGAGGAGGUUAUGUUGGCGUGUCAGGAGGAGGUUAUGGAUCGGGAUCUGCCACAUCGUCCAGUGUCACCUAUAACCCUGUGACACCUCUCUCGUGUGACUGUGCCAAGACGCUGAUUAAGAGUUGUGCCCUGGCGUACCAUCCUAUAGCAGGAUGUGCAAUC